GUUAAUUGGCUUAGUUGCGUUUUGUUUCAGUGAAUGUACAUAAUCCUAAAAGUGUCUACAUCAAGAACCAAGCGCCAUCUUUAGCAAUGCAAGUUUCAAUUAGACACAGAACAGAAGAAUUUCUGAGCAUAUGGACUAAUGGCAUGAUAAAAACCAAAGCAACUGAAAUACUUAUUGACAAGAUUGGUAAAGGUGCCAGAUAAAUCACGAUUACAGGAUGCCCUGGCGAUGGGAAGUCUACAUUAGGCUACUUAAUAUUACAGCAUUAUCUCAAGAUGGGCAGACCAGUGUAUGAAGUACGAACUCCAGAAGAACACAAGGCUGUGUCUGACAGCAGUGAGUCUGUCAUAAUGAUCGACUAUAUAUUUGGGCAGUUUUCGUUCAACAAGAGUCAUUUCAAAUGGGAAAGUGUGGUCAUGGAUAUCUGCAAACUUCCAGAACACAAAGGUAAACACUCAAAUCGCAAUGCCUCCUUGACAUCAUGUUAUAUUCUGACAAGCAGAACUGAUGUACUCACAGUAGCAACUCAUUAUUUCAAUAAAUUUUCUAAACUGUUACUUAAUGAUGAAUGCAGAGUUGACCUAGCACAAAUGACAACCUCGACGGUACCAGAAGAGUUCAUCUCUGAAAGAGUUAAGAUCUGGGAAUCGCAUGCCAGAAGAAACGAAAUCAUAGUUGAUAAGGACACUGUGGUAAAAGUGUGUUCAAGGAACUCUUCGCAUGGAUUCCCUCAGUGUUGCAAGUUAUAUGCUAAUGAAUACCAUACAAAAGUGACGAUGACAGACUUCUUCCUGAAUCCUAUUCCAUUUUUAAACGAAACAAUGGAAUCACUAAUGGGUAACAAAACAGUCGGGUAUAUUGUGAGGCAAAUGUUGAAGAAUGGUGUGUCGUUUGACCUUGCCAGCAUCGAAGAUGAGGAACGCUUUUUUGAGCUGUAUGAUACAUGCCAGCCUCUAAAAGGAACAUAUCUAUCAAUGGAUGGAAGUGUAAUAUCAUUUCAGCAUUCAUCAAUUUAUGAGAGUGCUGCGUUCGUUGCGUGUGGACAGCAUCCAAAGUUCGUUAUAGAAAAUUGUAGCUUGACGUUUCUUAAAUAAAGAGUGCGAUUUGAACAUUUUCAGCACGACCUCAGUGAUACAUGUAUGACCAGGAAUAUAAAACGCGAAUUCGUGACACCUCUCAUUCAAAGACUGCAACGUGAAGUUAAUGCAUUAAAUAUACAGUUUGCUUUAUCACAUGAAUCCUUUCACGAUAACGAGUUUGUUGUUGAGUUCAUGGAAGCCAUGGCAUCUAUACGGGUCAGAACGUUGCUUUCCUUGAUCGAUAAGGAAACACAAAAUUCUUUCCUCUAUUUUUCCACGAGUAGCAAGUCGGAGAAACUUCUAAAACACAUCUGUGGUGCAACUGAAUUGUCAUCAGAUCAACAAGAAGAUUGCAUUUUUGGUAUUUGUGAACACAGUUCUGAGUUAUCAAUGAACUUCCUUUUGGGUAUUUACAAAGGAACUGAAAUUAACUGCACAAAUGCUUAUCAGCAAACACCUUUAAUGGUAGCAGCAUCAAAGGCUUCUGGUGAGCUGCUGGCUUGUAUCUUGCUAGAAAGUGGUGCAGACGUCAAUAUCAGAAAUGAGUAUGGGUACACCGCGCUCGAAUAUGCUUGUGCUAGCAGCAAUACCAACACUCUGGUUCAAGUUUUGAAAAAUGGAGCGGACAUCAAUACCAGAGAUAAUGAGGGUCAAACUCCACUUAAUACUCAAUGUUCGUUUGGAAAAUUCUCUCUUGUGUCUUUCCUUAUAGAACAUGGAGCAGACAUUAAGAUAAGUAACAAAAAGGGAGAAACUCCCCUUCACGGGGCAUGUACAGAAGGAUUUAAAGAUAUAGUCAACCUUCUGUUACACAAAGGAGCACGUGUCAAUGCAAAUGAUCACAAAGGUAAGACGCCAUUGCACUAUUCUUGUGAGUACCAGGCAAAUGAUAUUGUAAGCGUGCUGUUGGCAAGUGGUGCUGACGUCAAUAUGAAAGACAAUAAAGGUUUCACCCCACUCAGACAUUCUUGCAACAGUAAAAACAUCCAGCCCUUUAGAGGGGUUGAAGGAUAUUGUCACCCUUUUGUUAGAGAAAGGCGCAAGUACAAUGAUUGCAAAGGUAAGACACCAUUGCACUAUUCAUGUGAGUACGGAAGUGCUGAUGUAGUGGGGCUGUUGUUGGACAAUGGUUCUGACCUCUAUGCGGAAGACAAGAAAGGUUACACCCCACUAGGGUAUACAUGUUACACUAAAGACAUUCAGUGUGUGACUCAUCUUUUGGAAAAAGGUGCAGACAUCAAUUCGAAAGACACAAAGGGGCGAACUGCUCUCCACGUAAACUGUUCCUUUGGAGACGUCAGUGUUGUGACAUAUCUUUUAGAACAAGGAGCUGACAUUAAUACAGUUGACAAGAAUGGCCAGAUGCCGAUUCAUGGAGCAUGUAGAGAGGGGUUGAAGGAUAUUGUCACCCUUCUGUUGAACAAAGGCGCUGAUGUCAACAUAAAAGAUAAGACAGGAAAGACGCCAUUGCACUGUUCAUGUGAACUAAAAAGGAAUGACAUUGUGGGCAUGCUGUUGGAAAAUGGUGCAGAUGUCCACGAAAGAGACAGGAAAGGUUUCCCCCCACUUAGGUAUGCAUGUUACAGUAUCAACUUCCAUGCUAUGAGCAAACUUUUGGAAAAAGGUGCAGAUAUCAAUACGAGAGACACACAAGGUCAAACCCCACUUUAUUCGCAAUGCUCCAUUGGAGAAGUCAGUGUUGUGACUUAUCUUUUGGAACAAGGAGCUGACAUUAAUACAGUUGACAAGAAUGGCCAGAUGCCGAUUCAUGGAGCAUGUAGAGAGGGAUUUCGGGAUAUUGUAGCCCUUCUGUUAAACAAAGGCGCUGAUGUCAACACGGAAGAUAAGAAAGGAAAGACGCCAUUGUACUAUUCAUGCGAUGAAGUAAUCAACCGAUUGUUAAACAAAGGUGCAAAUACCAACACCUAAAGGAUGCGUAAUGUUCAGUCUUCUAUACAUCCAUCGGCCAUUUGGAAAGUGACAGCUACACCUAGGAAAGACUGAGUAUUUGGAGUAUGGCAAUACUUAAAGUUAGUACUCUUCGGCUUGCAUUUACGGACACAUGGAAUCCACAACAUACUGGUUUGUCUUCAGAGUGGGAUGACACACACUAUCUGCAGAGCCCCGUAUUAAGUUGCCUUGUGGAGAAGAAGGGUAUUGUUAGUUUGCCUUGAGGAGAAGUAGGGUAGUGCUAAUUUGCUUAGUUGAGAUGAAGGGCAGUGCUAAUUUGCCUUGUUGAGAUGAAGGGCAGUGCUAGUUUGCCUUGUUGAGAUGAAGGGUAGUGCUAGUUUGCCUUGUGGAAAUGAAGGGUAGUGUUAGUUUUCCUUGUGGAGAAAAAUGGUAGCGCUAGUUACUCGGGACCUAUUCUACCGCUGCCACCUAUUCUACUGAAUUUGUGGACAUGGUAUACCUAAAGUUGUUUUCAAAGCAGGAAACGAAAGAGGAAAUUUCGAUACAUUUCUUUAAUUUCUGCUCAUUCCAUCUUAAAUGUGGGUUCACUGGAAUAGAAUUGAUAGUGUUGACUAGUUCAGUAUUCUUGAACCCAUGUGCUAAAUCCAGGUACAAUGUUUCCUGAUGGGUUUGGGCGUCAUUACGAGGACUGGGCAAUAGUAUCGGUAAACCGGUAUAUAUUGGUACGAAUAUCACGAUGUGAUUCAGAUUCUGCAAUAUAUUUGGUCAUCCAGAGUUAGCAUCCUUUGAAUUAUCUACUACUGUUGAUUUCCAUAGCAACAAAACGUGCUCUAAAAGUGCCAAAUAUACUUUUAUUUCUAUUGGUUUCAUGUUACAUUUUUCAAUAGGAAAAUGGCUCGAAAGUGCCAAAUAUUCUACCAAAUGCUUCAAGUUUGGUGGGUUUGAAUGGUUUCAUACGUGGCAUUUUGGAAGAAUUAAGGGGCCUCAAAUGGACCAAUUGUUUUAUUUGGAAUUAUUAGUAGAGCCUCUUGAUCUGAGUGUCCAUUUCACAAUUCACAUACUUUUGUUACUAUUGUUUGUUUCAUAUUGGGACAUAUGCUAUAAAUAUAUCAUAAAGGCCUAAAUCUUAUUAAUUUAGGCCAGUAUGAUAAGGAUCUUAGUUAUUAGAGAUAACAUGAGAUUUUAAGCUCAAAUAGUUCACUUCAA